AAAUCCCCCUUAUUCGCCCCCCUUCAACCUCGAAAACCUCUUCUCCCGCCACUGAGCGUCCGUGAUUCUCCAUCGGCAAUUGCCACAACGCUCUACGCCUUCUCUCUUGGCAGAAAAAUCACAUCUUUCAAUUGGGACACCUUCUGGCUUAUGGCACUGCUGUCAUUCAUGCCCAAAUCAUGUUCGACGAAAUGCUUGACAGGAAUGUUGUUGCUUGCUAUCGGAAAACAGAAUCAAUGUGGAAACUUAAUAAUCAGCAAAGUCACAUGUUUCAAUUGGAAAUCAUAUUUUUUAAAGGAGAGAACGUGAAGGUGGUGGAGUGUGGAUUCAUGCACAAACCAUGUUCGACAAAAUGCCCGACUGAAAUGCCGGUGCUUGCUAUCCAAAAACACAUAAUCAGAUUUUUCAGUGUUUCCAUGGAUGCAGGUGGAGUAUAUCUAAGCUUAGAAGGCCCACAUUGCUUGGUCUACAAUGUUAAUGCUCUUUAUUCUUUGCCUUCAUGUGUAUCAAAGAUUUUACUCUUUUUCGUGGGUACAGUUAUUUUGUGAGCUGUUCUUGUAUUGCACUGUAGAGAUUCAGUCAUGGAGAAGAAGGUUAUUGACUGGGUCGACCACGAACAUCCUUUGAUUCUCGCUGAAAAUGUGUGUUGCACCCACGAAUGCUGAGACACACUCAAAUUCGUAAGAUCUAACACUACUUGGCUCAUCAUCUUAUUUAUGUGUUUUGUUGAUUUACUAGCUAGUGUUUAGGGAGACUAAUACCCCCUCUGUCCACCAUUUAAAGAACCAUUUUGGGUUGUUCACAAUUUAAAGAACCAUUAUUUUAUUUCAUUUUUGGUAUAUGGACUCUACGUUUCACCAACUUUUUAUUAAACUAAUAUAAAAAAUGAGUUUCACAUCCCACUUACUUUCUACCUUUACUUUUCUUCACAAAGUCAAGCAAUUUCUUAAAACCCGUGCAGAGUCAAAAUGGAUCUUUAAAUGAUGGACGGAAGUAUAGUGUUCUCACGUUCUUAAGAUAAAAAAAGUAUCAUUCGAUGUGUAUAAUCUUAUAUAUUGAUUAUUAUUUUAGAGACGGUGAUGAUAAAGAUGGUUUGAAUGUGAUUCUAUUCCCGCUAAAUGCACAUGACAUAUCAAAGGAGUUAAUCGAACCUUUUGUGAUGAGAGAAAAAGGUCUUAGCAACAUCCCAGAAGUAGCAGACAUGCCAGCAGAAG